UAUUUAGAUCUACUUGUUGUCUCCUUUAUAAACACUUCUCAACUGUCCAACUCUUCACAAAAAUUAUUUUUUUCCCCUUUUCUGUCCAAAAAAUGGGAAAAGAAAAAACACUAUCAAAAUCAAGAACAAUGGCUCCUCGAAUGGUGGCUAAUUUCCGCAGAUCUCUUUCUUUCCCAAAUCACCCAAACCAUUCAAAUAAACCCAAAAAAUCCUUCCAUGUCCGAUCUGCUAGUCUACCAUGUCGAUCUCAUCCAUUAAUUUCUCAGCUCAAAGAUGAUUUAAACGAGCUCAAAUCAUGGGCUAUUAAGCCUGAAAAUCGAACUUCAAAUUGGAUUUGUGAUGGACUCAAUCAACUGAAAAUUGUUCAUGAAUCUCUUGAUGAUCUGCUUCUUCUUCCACAAACACGCGAAUCCUUACAUGGACAUUCUGAUUUGGUCGAGAAGCUUCUAGAUGAUUUCCUUCACUUCGUCGACGUUUAUGGAAUCUUCCAGACCUUGAUACUCACUUUCAAGGAAGAACAUUUAGCUGCUCAGGUAGCUGUGAGGCGUAAAGAUGAAUCUAAGAUUGCUUCAUACGCGAAAGCAUUGAGAAAAAUGGCUAAGGAAAUGGAUAAACUCGCGUUCAACGUACAAUGUAUAGGGAAAUAUAUUGUACCUCAACAAACUAUACCAAUACCUGAUGGAGAUGCAGAGUUAGCAGAAGUGAUGAAAGACAUAAUAGAAGUAACACAAUUAGUUUCAAUUGCACUUUUUAAUGGACUUGGAGUAUCAAUGGCAUAUGCUAAACCAUCUUGUUCAUGGAUUGGAUUAGGAAAGAAGACAAAAAAAUUGAAAGAAAAUGAAGGAAUUGUGGAAUUUGUAGAAAUGGAAUUGGAGAAUUUGUUGAGAAAAAAUAAAGGAGAUGAAGAGGUGAAAAUUGUGACUAAAAAAAUGCAUGAAUUGGAAGAUUGUAUUUGUGGGAUUGAAAAAUGUGGAGAGAAAGUGUUUAGGAGUUUAAUUAAUGCUAGAGUUUCAUUGCUUAAUGUAUUCACACAAUAGAAAAAUAAGGUAAAAGGGAAAUUAAAGAUGAUGCAUACAUGUAUAUUUUGCUUAAA